GGAGGACAGCGUUGCAAAGCUUGGGAUAUUAACCGUUAAAGAGACGAAUUGAAAAAGAAGGAACAAAGUAAAAAAGUGAGUGUGAAAGAGGUGGCAACUUAGUGAGGGCCACGAGCUUCUCUUGCCUUUCCAGUUCUUCACUGCAUUAAACAAAUACCUGAAAACUGCUUUUUCGCGGGAGAAUAGCAGUAUUUUAACUGUCAAUAUAAUGAUGCUUAUCAUAUGAAAACGCCUACUCUUUUUUAUUGCUUUUUAAGUUAUCAGAGCUGUCGGUGGGCUGGGUUUGAUCUUUUUUGGUGGGCUAUCAGGUAUGAGAUUUUUGAGAGUAGGGCCAGUCAUGUGGGGUUCUUGUCAGGCUGGAUAAGGAAUUGAAACUCACAUUUUAGCCCAAUAAAAAAAUAGUCUUUGCUGUACCAUCCCAAAGCAAAAAGUGUGGGGCUGCUACGAUUGUGUUGUCGACAUGUUCAACGAAUAAAGGGCCAUAGCUUUUCGGCAGUCGAAGGCAUGGGCCUUGUUUUGCUCUCUUUUCUUUACUUUUCUCAUCUGUCUGCUCAUUCGAGUGAAGGUCAAAGGAGCUUGCUCUUUUUUCCUUAGGAAAAAGAUCCCAGAAGUACAGAAAGAGAGAUUAAUCAAGAUUGAUUCACUGCGCGGGUUAUUGCUGUCUUCCAAUGGAGCAAGAUUUGGUUCAAACAGACAAAAUCAGAAAGGGAGACUCUAUUUUGCAGUGGAGCCAAUGGCAACUCCUGGAUUCUAUUCUUCCCACGGGUGGGUUUGCUCAUUCCUUUGGUCUUGAGGCAGCAAUUCAGGCACGUAUAGUCUCAGGCCCUGACAAUCUGAAAAAUUUUAUCAUUCAUUUGUUAGAGAAUACUGGGAGUUUACUCCUACCUUUUGUUUACUCGACAACUACGAAUCCUACUUUAGAGAACUGGCAGAAACUUGACACAAUCUUAGAUGCAAUUUUAACUAAUGAAGUGGGUCGAAAGGCAUCAGUUUCACAAGGAUCUUCCCUCAUGAGAGUGGCGGCUUCUGUCUUUACUGAAGUUCCAUCCCUCAAAUCGAUGAGAGAUGUUUCUAUUGGCUCUGGGGUUGUUUCUUUCCACCAUGCUCCUGUCUUUGGGCUUAUCUCUGGACUUUUAGGGAUGGACAGUGGAACCAGUCAAAGGGCUUACAUGUUUAUGACUAUGAGAGAUGUUAUUUCAGCUGCAACAAGGUUGAAUUUAGUUGGACCUUUAGGUGCUGCUGUGUUGCAGCAUCAGAUUGCUCCUGUUGCUGAAGCUAUGUCCAAAAAAUGGAUGGAUCGUCCUGUUGAGGAUGCUUGCCAAACGGUCCCUUUAUUUGAUACCAUUCAGGGCUGCCAUGGCUACUUGUUUUCUAGGUUGUUCUGUUCUUAAACUUGAACCGUUGCGUGUAAAGUUUUGAAUUUCAUCUGCAUAAAAUUGAGUAUUAUAUUUUUUAUACAAGGAAAAGAUUUUCACAUUACGAAUUGUAUCCCUGGAAUUUUUCUGGCCAGUAUAUAAUUUUGUA